ACAUAAUUUAGGUUUACCAUAGAGCACCUGGUAACGGAAGUUGACACUUUUAAACUUCUUGAGAUAAGAUUGCAGGAGAAGAAAAUGGCACAAAAACUUGAAGUGAAAACCGACACCGAUAAGUUUACCUUGAAGGGUAGAAGUUGUGAGUUAUCAGCAUUUGCAUUCGUACCUCCAAAGAGAAAUGAACCACCAGAACGAACAGUUUUUAAUACUCCUAAAAAUAUGGAUUAUGAACAUCAAGAUCAGGAUAGAUACCCAAACUGUACCUAUGACCGUCUGUUCAGAAAAGAAUUUGGUUUUAAUAACAAACUUCACAGAGAUGAUAGAGAGCAUGCAAAGUCAAGGGGACUUGUUGUGAAUGAUGAGGAACAACCAAAGGAUGUACCAACUCUUUCAUCAACAGAAUAUGGACACAGAAUAGACAUGGCUACUGACCAUCCAGACAGAAAACACGUUAGAAUAGCUCGUGUUAAAGCAGAGUUCUUCAGGAGAAACGGAAUCACUUCAUGAUUUUUGGGACAUUAGACAUUUAUUUUAAAUUGUGCCCAGUAUAAAGCAUUUCCUGUAUUGGAAGUUAUAUUUGAAUGACUGUUGAACAAUGUUGAAUGUGCAAUCAAUAUACUUUUUGAAUUGAUAUAUUAUGUAACUUAGUGUGUACACAGGGAAUGUAUGAAAUAUUGUUUUGAAAUUCAAUUUGUUUAUAUGAAACCUUUCACUUUUGAAAAAAAAAUCAAGUGAAAAAUUCAGUCUUAUAUUAUCACAGAAUGUUUAAUCAUGUGUAUCAUGAUACUGCCAGUGUAUAAAAACAAAAAUCUUUGUAUUUAUUUGUAAAUUUUUAUAGUAAGUUUCAGCAAUGUGAAAUUGUCAAAUUAAUAUCCUGGACUAUUUACUUGUUAUUAUAAGGGGAGAUAAUUUUUUUUUUUAUAAAAAAAUAAUUGAAUGUUGUUUGCCUGAUUAACUGCUGAAAAAUACACUUUCAGAUUCUUUCACAAAUUUUGAAUUUAAAAAAAAUCUUCUUUUACCCACUGACAGAACCUUUUAUCAAACACCAGUCUGAUAAUCUGAAUAUCGAUAAAAGCAUUACUGUCUGUGAUUAGAAAUAACUGUGAUAGACCUCCACUUUGUUUUAGUGAUAUUUUAAUAUUUACAUUUCAUUGUAUGCAAAUAAACAACUGUAUUUGUUUGUUGGAUGGUUGAUGUAACAUGUUUUAAUGUGAAUAAAAGCAAAUAUGUUUUGUUUAA